AUGCUUAAUUCAUCAGGACAAGGAUCGUCUGCUGAGGGGAUGUCUGGUGGACCAACUGUAAGACGGGAGGCAGAGUUUACUCCGGAGACCGUCUUGAGUGAGGAUGAGUGCAAGGAAGCAAUUGCAUUCAUGAACCAUUCUGCAGAUGAGGACGCAGUCAAGAAGAAGAUGAAAUUGACAUUUGACUAUCGCCGCAACAUGGUUCUUGACCCUAUGCUGUCAAACUUAGUUCUGAUGUUUGGAGAAGGAGCGUCAGGCAAGCUACUGGAGAAGUGGACUACUGCAUUCAAGAAAAAAGUGAUUCAGCAGUGCAAAAAGCUUCCAACCACCAGUGAUGUUGGAGAACUCCUGCUAGCAGCUGAAUCUCCGUCUGAUGACUCAGAAGAUUGUGUUAAUUUUGUUUGGGACUCUGACCUCUCUUCUAUAAUACUGCUGUUGCAUCUGAUCCCACCUUCUGCCCAAGGCCGAAAGAGACCAGGAAAGGUGUCUGCUUCUCAAGCAGAGAAACAUCUUGUUGUCUUCAAGAAGAGUGGAACAAACAUUGAGGAGCAUCUUCGAAACAUCACUGCUAGUGCUCAGCCCUAUCUCCUGGCUGUGGGACCUCAGAAGAAAUCAGUUCACCAGUUCUACAUCAUCCUCGAUCAGCAUGCCAUUCCAUGCAAGUCAACCUCUUCUCUUGGUGCCUUUGACGAACUGUUUAAGUCACACUUUGUUUUUGGUACCUCCUACAACACUAUGCUACACAACAUGUACACUUUCAUUCAGACCACUGUGUACAACAUAGAUGUUGGCAAAGUUAAAGAGAGUCCUCGUGUUGCUGAAGUCAGAGCAAGGUUGCUUAGCUAG